GCUUUCUGAUAAUGCAGAUACGAGAAGAAUGGCAGCUAAGAAUAUUCAGCGGGUGACACCAGAUGAGGCGAGUCUGUCCUCAAUCACUGUCAACAUCAGAUGCCCUCAGGGAUGUCCACGUACAUUUGCCAAUUCCUCAGCCCUUCGAUUUCAUUUGGCACAGUUCCACCAGCAAGAGAAGGUGUCAAGUUCCCAACAUGGAGAAGUUUGGUAUCAUUGCCCAGUAACUUCAUGCAUUUAUCAUCAUGACUUCGGGCCAAAUGGAAAGCAUUUUCCAAAACUCAAAUAUCUUAAACAGCAUUAUCUGAAGGUUCAUGCCAAGCGGUCUCAUGCCUGUGACUGUGGCCAGGCCUUCAGCACAUUGGCUCUGCUCUCCCACCACAAACGUGCAUGUGGUCUCCAACUUCUUUGUGGUUGUGGCAGAAACUUUUCCUCUGUUGAGACUCUGCAGACGCACGCCCGACGUUCUGCUCAUGCUUUCCACCCAACCACUAUCCAGGCUUUGAGGGAAAGAAGAACAUCUCUUGCCGAACCUUCAGUGUCCACUCAUCAGAGUACGAAUAAUCAGACUCAGACUUUCUGGCACCAUAUACCUCUCAAGUACCAGAAUGUUGAAAAUAUUAGUAGAGGGAAAGGAAGUGUCUUAGGGAUAAUGACAACCUCUUCAUCACCCACCAUAUCCUCCUUUGCAUCAGUUCCCCCAAUCUUCACCCAGACUGCUGGUACACUUCUGCACACCCCUUCCACUUUCAGCCCAGUGGCCCCUGUAAAUCUGCAACAGCCCACUCAUUUGCUUGCUGCAAUUGCCCUUAGUGAGCUUGCUGCUACAGCAAUGAAAAGGGUGGCUUGUGUUGAUGUUGGUGUUCAAACAGAGGAAAAUCCCAUCAAACGCUCAAGACGAAAAUCAGCUACAAGUGACUGGCAUAUAGAUGAUGGCAAUAUUACUCUUUUACAAAAUCAGAGCAAGCGAAAAAGAACAGCAGAAACUCAGACAAGGCUCACUCACAGAGACAGCAAACGACUCAAUAACAGCUCACAGCUGCAGCUGCCACCCAGUAUCUCAAGUACAAUUGGUACAGGGAAAGGAAAUGGUCAUAGUGAUAACGACACCACUUUCCUUGAAGUGGGUUCGGAUGUUUGCAAUGAUGAAGAUGAAAGUUCUUUGGGAAGUUUAGCACUACAGGUGGACUUGCCAGAAUUCAUCACAACUCAGCAAAGCACAUCAGGUACACAGACAAGUCCUCGUGCCCCUGGACUAACACACUCCCACCUCAGUAAUCUAACCAUAUCCCUUUUUGAUCGGGCUUGUGGGGAUGAUGAACCAGGCAUCCCACCACCAUCUAUGACCUCUAUCACUGCUACACAGACAAAUGAACAUCUUGAUCCCUUUGCAACAACACAGCUGCUUAUUGAUGCUGAUGAAGACUUACUUGGAGUUGUUGGUGAUACAGCCAGUAUAACAAAUCAGAGAGCUCCAUCUUUAGGGCACAUUCGCUCAUCAAGCAUAGAAACUCAAACUGACCAUGAUGUACUUCUAAGUGGAAAUGCUGGGGCCCCUGAUGAUUCGGAUGAAAUAAUCUUAACCACCACAGAAACUCAGACGGAUCCAAACAGUCUUUUGAUUUUGAGUGGAGGUACUGCUUGCCAAGGCCCAGGAUCAUGCCAGGUGCCUGGAGCAUGUCAAGGGCAUGAUAGUGAUAGCCUGUGGUGCACAAGUGAAACUCAGACAUAUGAAGAUUUUUCAGAUAUUGAACAGUUCAUGCGCUCAACCAUACACACACAGACCCCAGAUCACAGCCACAAUGAACUCUUCCCGGAAUUGUCAUUCACUCACACGCAAACUCAGACAAGUCUUGAUGAUCCUCCAGCACUUGUCACUACACACACUCAGACACCAAAGAGAAGGCAGCUACAUUCUGGUAUACCUGGUAGCUAGCUUAUUUUUAUUGUGUUAUUGUCAUUCAUCUUCAUAUAAUUAUUAUCAAUCAGUUGG